ACAAAGAUAUACUAAACCCUCUACUUUGGUCUGAGAAACAAGAUAACAAAAUUGGUUGAAGAAGCUUGCAAACUUCUACAUUCCUUUUCUUUACCCAUUAAUUUUCCUUCCAACAAAAUUUAAACUACCCAUUAAGAAUUAAAUCAAUUAUUUUUUGGAUAAAUCAAUUCCUUCAUCAUCAACUUUCCCAAGCAAAGCAUUUUUUCCUUGUCAUUAAAAACCCUUCAUUUUCUUCCCUAAGAAAAUCAAACAUUGUAAUCCUACAAAUUUUCAACACCCAAUUGUUUUAUUUUUAACAUUAAUGGCCCCUAAAGAAGAAGCUCAUGCUGCUGUUAUGGAAGCCAAAACAAUGGCAUCACAACCACAACAACAAGAAACACCCCCAAUCAAAUCCCACAUCCCAAUAUCCAAUUACUCCAAAAGGGUGGUACUAAAAACCUUGUUCGGCCGCGAAGAUCGCGGCUUCGGAUUGAUAGGAGAGAAAAUUGUGAUUGGUGGGUGGGUUAAGUCUUCCAAAGAGGUGAGGAAACAACCAUCCCCACUCCAACAUGAUACUGAACAUCAACCAGGGGCAAAAACUGGGCACAAGGAUGUGACUUGUACUGAAAUUUUGCAGAAUCGGAUGCCGAUUUUUCGUACAUUCUUGAAGCUUUUUGGGGUUGGAAAUCAUGCGGAGAAAGAUUCAAUAGGGAGCUUAGCAGAAAGAGUGCAACACCCAGUGAGUUCCACUGUGUUUUUGCAAAUCAGUGAUGGGUCUUGUGUGGCUACUCUCCAGGUGGUGGUGGACUCAACUCUGGCUCCUCCAGGACAAAUCAUGAUUAGUGGCACUUGUAUUCUGGUGGAAGGUGUAAUUCAGCAGCCUACGACAGGCGGAAAACAUAUUAUCGAGAUAAAAGCAGAAAAGGUUUUGCAUCUUGGUGUAGUAGAAGAUCAUGAAAAGUAUCCCUUGUCAAAGAAAAGGCUCCCUUUGCACACUUUAAGGGAUUGGGCACACUUCCGUCCUAGGACAACUACAGUUGCUUCCAUUGCAAGAAUCCGUGAUGGACUUACACACGCAACUCACAACUUCUUCCAAAAGAACGGGUUCCUCUACGUGCAAGUUCCAGUAAUCACAACCACGGAUACUGAGGGGUUUAGUAACAAAUUCAAUGUUACAACACUUCUUAAUAAGACAACAGAAGAAUCAUCAUCAACAAAGCCAAGUGCAGUUCAUGAAAAUGUUAGUGGCGUUAGCCUUGCAUCUGUUAAGGCUUCUCUCAAGGAGAAGAGUAACAAAGUUGAAGAGCUAAAAAGAACAGAUAGUAACCGUGAAGCAUUACUUGCCGCGAUUCAGGAUCUUAAGAAAACAGACGAACUUGCUGCACAGUUAGCAGCUCAAGAGAAAAAAGAGAAAGCAAAGGAUACAGCUCUGGUUAAGCCUGAUAGACUUAACUUUACUGAUGAUUACUUUUCUUGCCAAGCUUUUCUAACGGUCUCAGGGAGGGUUCAUCUUGAGAGUUAUGCGUGUGCCCUUGGUAAUGUGUACUCUUUUGGGCCUAGAUUUAAGGCUCACACAUCUCAUUCCACUAGACAUGUCUCUGAAAUGUGGAUGGUCGAGGCUGAAAUAGCUUUUGCAGAACUAGAGGAAUCUAUGAAUUGUGCUAAUGACCUUUUAAAGCACUUGUGCAAAUCUGUUAUGGAAAACUGUAGUGAUGAUAUGAAGUUCAUACUAAAACGCGUGGAUCAAGGCAUUGUUGGUCGUCUACAAACAGUGGUGUCAUCAACUUUUGAGAAGAUCCCCUACUGCAAAGCCAUUGAUAUUCUAAAACAGGCUAAAGAAAAGAAGUUCAACUUGAACAUGGAAUGGGGUAUUACUCUUACUGAAGAACAUGAAAGCUAUUUGGCGGAUGAAAUUUACAAAAAACCAGUAAUCAUAUAUGAUUAUCCCAAGGAAGUUAAGCCCUUUUAUGUUCGCCAAAAUGAUGAUCGAAAAACAGUUGCUGCCUUUGAUGUUAUUGUACCCAAGGUAGGAGCAGUGAUUCGAGGGAGUCAGAAUGAAGAACGCGUGAAAAUGCUAAGUACCAGAAUCAAGGAACUAGGCUUGUCAAGUGAGCAGUAUGAGUGGUACUUGGAUCUUCGCCGACAUGGAACUGCCAAACAUGCUGGAUUUAGUCUCACCUUCGACCUUAUUGUCUUGUUGGCCACUGGAAUCUCAGAUGUACGUGAUGUUGUUCCAUUUCCAAGGAGUUAUGGGAAGCUUAACAACUAGUUACUGCAACUCAUUUUCAAAAGCUUAUUGUAAUACUUUACAGGGUCAGAAAUUUCACAAAAGUACAAAGAUUAUGUACAGGGUUUAUGAAUAUAAAGUUGUAAGGUUUACUCCAAUGAUCUUAUAAACAUACUUUGUUGCUUCCUA